CCGCUGUGCAGCUGUGAUUGGCGGGAAGGACAAGUCCUCUGGCCCCGCCCCCGCCUGUCUUUGCCGCGCUCCGUGGGUUUUUUGCAAAGGUGGAGAGCCGAGAUUCCGGCGCUUGGACUCGAUGGAGCAGCAUUUCCAAUUUUGACUGCUGUUCUUCCUCGACCAGUGAGUCAGAGCCAAGAAAAGCCGAGUCUUUUCUUACUGAAAAAGCUUGGGGGAACUGUUGCUCAGGACCUAGGCACUCCUGACGCAUCGUAUCGAUCUCACUUCCUUCUAUGGCUUCACUGUGAAAUCACUUGCAUGUUUGCAGCCCUGUGAAUCCCUCUUCUCAGGGCUCAGAGGAGGGGUCCAGGAAAACAUCAAGUGUUCCAAAGAGAGAACGCUGCGGGAGCUGUCUGAGGUGCUGAAACCUUCCAAGCGGUUGUCUCCGCCAGCCCUAAGGGUUAGAUGGCACAUUUUCAUUUCUGCUUUUCUGGUCCCUCAUGCCUCGGAUAAGACUCUUUCCAGGUUCGUGAAUAUCGCUCCGUAUCAUGGCCCACGUGAGACACUUUCGGACACUAGUUUCUGGAUUUUACUUCUGGGAAGCCGCACUGUUACUGAGUUUGGUGGCCACAAAGGAAACGAACAGUGCAAGACCUCGCAGUGCUCCAAUGUCCCCUUCGGAUUUUCUGGACAAACUAAUGGGGCGGACAUCAGGGUACGAUGCAAGAAUCAGGCCUAACUUCAAAGGGCCUCCAGUUAAUGUAACAUGCAACAUAUUCAUAAACAGCUUUGGCUCCAUUGCAGAAACAACUAUGGAUUACAGAGUAAACAUUUUUCUUCGUCAGAAAUGGAAUGACCCUCGUCUGGCAUACAGCGAAUAUCCUGACGAUUCCUUAGACCUGGACCCCUCCAUGUUGGACUCUAUUUGGAAACCCGACUUGUUCUUUGCUAAUGAGAAGGGGGCGAACUUUCAUGAAGUCACCACAGAUAACAAGCUGCUGAGAAUUUUCAAAAAUGGAAACGUCCUUUACUCAAUAAGAUUGACAUUAACCCUGUCCUGUCCGAUGGAUCUCAAGAAUUUCCCAAUGGAUGUACAAACCUGCAUCAUGCAGCUGGAAAGCUUUGGGUACACAAUGAAUGAUCUCAUUUUUGAAUGGCAAGAUGAGGCACCAGUACAAGUGGCUGAAGGACUCACUUUGCCUCAAUUCCUGUUGAAAGAAGAAAAAGAUUUGCGAUACUGCACUAAACACUACAAUACAGGAAAGUUUACAUGCAUAGAAGUAAGAUUCCAUCUUGAGCGGCAAAUGGGCUACUACUUGAUCCAGAUGUACAUUCCCAGCCUUCUGAUUGUUAUUCUGUCUUGGGUCUCAUUCUGGAUUAACAUGGAUGCUGCCCCAGCUAGAGUAGCUUUGGGCAUCACCACUGUUCUUACUAUGACCACACAGAGUUCUGGAUCCCGGGCUUCCCUACCAAAGGUUUCAUACGUCAAAGCUAUUGAUAUUUGGAUGGCAGUAUGCCUCCUCUUUGUGUUUUCAGCACUACUGGAGUAUGCAGCAGUGAAUUUUGUAUCAAGACAACACAAAGAGCUUCUGAGAUUUAGACGAAAGAGAAAGAAUAAGACAGAAGCUUUUGCACUGGAGAAGUUUUACCGUUUCUCAGACACGGAAGAUGAGGUGAGGGAGAGUCGGUUCAGCUUCACCACUUAUGGAAUGGGACCAUGUCUGCAAGCAAAGGAUGGCGUGCUCCCAAAGGGCCCCAACCAUGCUGUCCAGGUAAUGCCAAAGAGCCCCGAGGAAAUGAGGAAGGUCUUCAUUGACAGGGCCAAGAAGAUUGACACCAUCUCCCGAGCCUGCUUUCCACUGGCGUUUUUGAUUUUUAACAUUUUCUACUGGGUUAUCUAUAAGAUUCUUAGGCAUGAAGACAUCCAUCAGCAGCAAGAUUAAGCCUCUGAAGGCAGACAAAAACACUGCAGUCAGGAAAAGUUUCCUUUCCAUCAGAAUGUGUGUAUGUGCGUGUGGUAUACAAAUGACAGUCAAUGCAUCAAACAGAGUACCGGGAAAGAAUUUACUUUUAUGUUCCCUGUAAAAUAACGAGGCAGAUUUGUUCCUUUAAGGGAUACAAAAUGCAUAUUGUGGUGUCCUGUUUCAUAUUACUGCAAGAUGGUCUGUUUCCUUCAUAGUGUCAAUGGGUGUUAUAUAUGUUAUACUAGCACAUACAGUAGACAUUAUAACCAUUUUGGGGUUUCUUGACUUUUUUAAUUCAAUUAAAGUAAAUAAGGUGGAAUCAAGACUAGCACAGUAAGAUUCAAGAAACAAGUAUAAAAAAUAUUGAGAAUAAUAAAGGUAAUAGUUUGAGAUAUAAAGUAUAUUUUAAAAGGAAAGUGACAAGAUUGUUCAGUGGCAACUUCAUUUCAGUUAGAACACUGACCAUUGGAACAUUGUAGAACCAACAUAUACAGGAACAAAUUAUUAAAUUGGAUAGUCAAAAUAAAGGCCAUCAUGUAGGAUAUUAAAUAUCUCUCUGUGGAAAUUUAAAAUAAACAGCUUAAGCAAUCAUGCUUUGUAAAAAAAAUCUAUUCAUCUUUAAAUCUCUAAGAAUAAAGAUAAAGAUUCUGUGGGAGUCUUUGUUCUUAAAUAAGUGUUACAUUUAUUUUUAAUUAGUACCAAACACUGAAAAAAAAUCAGCUCAUUAGUAAUUGUUAAAUUUAGUAGCAGCUUGUCUGGAUGUUUGGUGAUUUUAUGUAAUUAAACAAAUUCAAUUAGAUUUUUAUAUUUAGUUUAGAAUGAGAAUUUAAAUAUUAAUAUA